AUGAAUCAAAAGCCAAACGAAAAAGACGCCAAGGCCGGAGCUGCUGGUGGUCAAGCUGCUGAUGAUAAGUAAGCAAAGAAAAAGAAAAAUCCUUACAAGCAGGAGCUGUCUGAAUAAUAAAAGCAAGAGAUUAAAGAGGCAUUUGAUCUUUUCGACACUAGUGGUAGCGGUACUAUUGAGGCUAAGGAGCUUAAGGUAGCUCUGAGGGCAUUAGGAUUCGAACCAACAAAGGAGGAGAUCAAAGCUUUAAUCGGUAAUUUUGACAAGGAUGGAACAGGCAGAAUAGAUUUCCACGAGUUCCUAGACAUUAUGAUAACUAAGAUGAGCGAAAAAGAUUCUGCUUAAGAACUGGAAAAUGCUUUUGACUUGUUUGAUUUAGACAAAGAUGGACAAAUUAGCUUCUCAGAGUUAAAGAGGGUGGCAGAAGAUUUAGGCGAGGACAUGACAGAUGAGGAACUGCGUGAGAUGAUUGCUGGUGCUAACAAAGGAGAUAAAUAUGGAUUUGUUAAUAAGACAGGAUUUUUCAAUAUUCUUAACAAAUCAAAUGCUUGA